AUGGUAAAUUUAAUUAUUAAAUCCACUGUUGAUCUUGAUUUUCAACUUCAAAUAAAUGCUUACGUCUUGAGUAAGAUUACAUCAUACUUACCUGAGAGAAGUGUGAAUACCAGUUCAUUGGAUUGGAUUGAUAUCAACGGUCUUUGUUUGGCAGAUCCUUAUUUCAAAACACCUAAUAAAAUAGACAUUCUUUUGGGUGCAGAUGCUUACUGUUGCAUUAUGAAGGAAGGUGUAGUAAAGAGUCCGUCUGGUACUCUAAUAGCGCAGAACACCACCUUAGGGUGGAUCCUUUCCGGUGUAGUCAGUUCAAGCAAUGAGAGUUCAAAACACCACACAAGAAAUUUAAGUGUGCACUGUACACAGUUCAAUGAAGACAAUAUUCUAAAGAAAUUCUGGGAGAUAGAAGAACAAGUGAGUACAAGGAAAUUACUUAACCCAGAAGAGCAAAAAUGUGAAGAAUUUUAUAUGAAAACUACUAAGAGGGAUGAUACAGGCAGAUACAUUGUACGUUUACCAUUUCGAGACGAAGAUCCUGCAUGCAAGGCCGGAAGUUCCCGUGACAUAGCUGAAACAAGAGUCAAAUCGUUAGAAAAAAGAUUAAAUAAGGACACAUAUUUAAAGGAAAAAUAUACAGAGGUAAUUAAUGAAUACUUACAAUUAGGACACAUGAGACCUGUAAAGGAAGAGGAUAAUAAGAAAGAUGAAGCAGUUUACUUACCACACCACGCGGUGAUUAGAAACGAUAAGACCACCACGAAGGUACGUGUAGUUUUCAACGAAUCUGAGAAAAAUAAAAAAGGAGUUUCACUCAAUGACACUUUAAUGGUUGGACCAACGCUGCAAGCAGACUUAAGACACACCAUUCUUAGAUGGAGAGUACACGCUAUUGGUAUUGUGGCGGAUAUAAUCAAAAUGUACCGCCAAGUCAGAAUAGCGGAUGAAGAUGCUGUCUUCCAGAGGAUACUUUGGCGAGAAAGCCCUGAAAAGCCACUUAGGGAUUAUGAGUUGGUAACGGUGACCUUUGGAACAGCUUCUGCACCAUAUCAGGCAGUUAGGUCACUCCAUCAGGUUGCGUACGACGAAGGAGAUAAGUACCCGCUUGCAGCAAAUAGAGUUUUAAACUCUUUUUAUAUGGACGAUUUAAUGAUGGGAAGUAAUAGCGUCGAAGAGGGCGUUGAAAUCUGUAAACAGAUGGUAGCAUUAUUAGGAAAGGGAGGAUUCGCAUUGCAGAAGUGGAACAGUAACAAUCGGCAACUAUUAGAUAGAAUAAGUUCAAUAUAUACAAAUGAAGUAGUACAGCAAACAGGUCAAAUAAAAAUUAAAAAUGAGAACACUGAAAAUAAGGACAAAGAGGACAUAGGAGUUAAAGAUAAUAAGGAAAUAGAAAUUAAGCUAGAUAGUACAAUAAAAAUUUUGGGACUUACCUGGAACCGCCACGAAGAUUGCUUUCAGUACUCGGUAAAUCUUCCACCGCUGACGACAGCACCUGUAACAAAAAGACUAAUAAUAUCAGAUAUAGCUCGUUUGUUCGACCCAUUGGGAUGGUUAGCUCCUAGUGUCGUAUUAGCAAAGAUGUUCAUACAAAAAUUAUGGCUCUUAGGUGUUUGUUGGGAUGAGGAAUUAACUACCGAAGUAAUAACAGAGUGGAGUACUUACCGCGAAGAGUUGUCAUUACUAACCAAAGUUCAGGUACCUCGUUGGCUUGGUACUAGUUCAUCUGAUGACCUUGAAUUGCACGGUUUUAGUGACGCCUCUAAAGCAGCGUACUCAGCCGUCGUUUACUUAAGAACAAUUGAUGUCUCAGGCAAAAUUCAUCUGUCGUUGUUAGUGGCUAAAACGAGAGUAGCUCCCAUCAAACAAAUUAGUAUUCCUCGAUUGGAGCUAUGUGGUGCUGUACUUGUAUCAAAGUUAUUGAUAGAGACAGCAGAGAUUUUAAAUAUUUCAAAGGAAAAGAUCUUUGCAUGGACAGAUUCUACAGUAGUGCUAUCGUGGCUUAAUAGUCACCCUAGCAGGUGGAAAACGUUUGUUGCCAACAGGACUUCAGAAAUUUUGGGCGCUUUGAAUUCAUCUCAAUGGUUUCAUGUGCCGACCAAAGAGAACCCAGCUGACUGCGCAUCAAGAGGAAUACUACCCAGUUCAUUAGUCGGUAAUGAGUUAUGGUUUUCAGGACCAUCAUUUCUGAAAAAUAAAUUAAUUGAGUACAAGAGGCCAAAGAAUCUAAAGACAGAUUUAGAACAAACUAUAAAGGCGCACACAGCUGUAGUUCCAGAGCACGUAGUUUUCGAAAAUUAUUCCAGUCUAAGAAAAUUAGUUAAAGUUAUUGCGUAUUGUCGAAGAGUUUUAAAAAAGGAAAAACACGAUAGUAAAUAUUUGAAAGAUCACGAAAUAGAAGCAGCAUUACAAACUUGUAUAAGGAAAUCACAAAUAGAUUCAUUCACAACAGAAUAUGAACAAUUAAAGGAAAAAGGGUAUUUGAAUAUAAAAUCAAGUAAAUUGAAAUCACUUUGUCCUUUUCUCGACAAGAAUGGUAUCAUGCGAAUUCGUGGACGACUUGAAAAGUCUGAACUAGAUGAGCAAGUAAAACAUCCGAUAGUUCUACCACAUUCAUGCCAUUUGACUCUUCUUAUAGUUGCAGACGCGCAUGAGAAGACAUUGCAUGGUGGUCCUCAGUUAAUGGCAAACUAUUUAAGGUCAGCCUUUUGGGUAAUAGGUGCUAGAUCUCUAGUUCAACAAUAUGUUCGCAAGUGUGUAACUUGUGCGAAACAGAGAGCUAGUGUUAGAAACCAACUGAUGGGUGCGCUCCCAUCGGUUCGAUGUACACCAGCAAGACCAUUUUUAUAUAGCGGAGUGGAUUAUGCUGGACCCAUAAGUAUAAGAACCACUAAAGGACGUGGGCAUCGUUCUUAUAAGGGCUACAUAUGCCUUUUCGUUUGCAUGUCCACUCGUGCUAUUCACCUAGAGGUCGUCAGUGACAUGAGCACACAGGCAUUUUUUGCCGCUUUUCGACGUUUUGUGUCGCGACGAGGUCACUGUGCUAAAUUGUGGAGCGGCAACGGCUCCAACUUUGUAGGCGCCUCCAGAGAACUGCAACAGUUGGCAUCUAUUCAGCCAGCCAUAGCAGAAUAUCUGGAAGCAAACAACACCGAGUGGCAUUUUAUUCCGCCUCAUGCUCCCAAUUUCGGUGGUCUUUGGGAAGCGGGUGUAAAAUCCACCAAAUUUCACCUUAAAAGGGUUAUUGGCGACUCUACCCUAACGUACGAGGAAAUGACUACAUUCCUCAAUCAAGUGGAAGCCUGUCUGAAUUCGCGGCCGAUAAGCGUUAUUAACUUUACUGAUCCUGGUGAGCCCCUCCCUUUAACUCCUGGACAUUUUUUAAUAGGAGAACCGAUAAUUAAUGUACCAGAUAAAAAUUACAAAAGUUCAAACGUAAGCUAUUUAACUAGGUGGCAAUUUGUGCAAAGGAUGCUGCAGUCUUUUUGGAAACGAUGGUCACAGGAAUAUCUGUCAAAGCUCAUGAAUAGGUACAAAUGGGCGUCACAAGUUCCGGAACCUAAUGUUGGUGACGUUGUUUUAAUUAAAGAAGAUGAUUUGCCUCCAAGUCGUUGGUUAUUGGGUAGAGCUAUAGAGAAACACCCCGGUGAUGAUAACGUUACCCGUGUAGUCACAUUGCGUACGAAAACAUCCGUAAUUAAGAGGCCAACAUCAAAAUUAUGUAUUCUGCCUAUCUCGGAUCCAUGA